AUGCAAACUACUACACACAGCACAACAACUACAAAUAUAAACACAAUAAGUAGAAGAAAUUCCACGUCUAAUCUACACCAACAUCAUCAUCAUCAACAACAACACAAUCCACACCCGCGCUACAACAACACACGCAAAAUGUUCUCCCGACAGUGCCUUUCUUCCCACAACUACAACUAUCGACUACUACAAUUUGCUCUACUAUGCACAGUGGCGCUGCAGGUGGUGCCGGUGGCGCACAGUUUCGAUGUUGCUACUUGCAAACAACCACUGGGCAUGGAGUCUGGUGAAAUCACAGAUGCUCAAAUAACUGCCAGCUCAGCGCAUGAUACAGGCUUCGUUGGCCCACAACAUGCAAGACUGAAAACCGAUAAUAAUGGCGGCGCUUGGUGCCCCAAACACAUGGUCUCAAAUGCGUUGAAGGAAUAUCUGCAGGUGGAUCUGUUGCAAACGCAUGUCAUAACGGCGAUACGUACGCAGGGUCGCUAUGGCAAGGGUCAAGGUCAAGAGUACACAGAGGCAUAUGUGCUGGAGUAUUGGCGACCGGGAUUCACCAAAUGGCUACGCUGGAAAAAUACACAAGGAAAGGAGAUUCUGCCUGGCAACAUCAAUACAUACAGUGAAGUGGAAAAUUUACUGCAGCCGAUAAUUUUUGCGUCGAAGAUUCGUAUUUACCCAUAUGGACAAUACGAUCGGACGGUGUGUCUGCGGGCCGAGAUUGUCGGCUGUCCGUGGGAAGAGGGUAUUGUAUCGUAUAGCAUACCGAAAGGCGUGCAACGUGGCAUGGAAGUGGAUUUGUCAGACAAGACUUACGAUGGCUAUGAGCAAGGUGAUCGAUAUGUUGAAGGAUUGGGCCAGCUCGUGGAUGGUCAAAAGGGCAAGGAUAAUUUUCGCACUGAUAUACAUGGCUAUGGUAAAGGCUACGAGUGGAUUGGCUGGCGCAAUGAUACACCUGAUUUAAAUGGCAAGCCUGUGGAAAUUGUUUUCGAAUUCGAUGCAGUACGAAAUUUUAGUGCAAUUAUUUUGCACACGAAUAAUAUGUUCACAAAGGACGUGCAGGUAUUCGUGCGCGCUAAAGUCUUCUUUAGCAUCGGUGGCCGUCAUUUCUCCGGUGAACCGGUGCAAUUCUCUUACAUGCCAGACACCAUAAUGGAUCACGCGCGAGAUGUCACCAUCAAAUUGCAUCAUCGUGUUGGUAGAUAUUUGAAAAUCAAUUUAUAUUUUGCUGUGAAAUGGAUUAUGCUGUCGGAAAUUUCAUUUGUUUCGGUGCCGGCCGUGGGAAAUUUCACAGAUGAGUCCGAGCAACGCGCCACGCUGCCACAGGAUACACGCGAAUAUCCAUUACAAAGUAAUGACUAUCAUCAUGGCCAAAAGAACGGCAUGGGCAAAAUGGGCACAAUGAAUGGCGGCAGCAUGGGUGACGGAGUAGGCAUGGCGGCGGGUGCGGCUGGGGGCGCUGGCCUCGGCUACAAUAAUGGGCCACAAUUAAUUGCCCCACGUCCCAUCGAUCAGGAACCAUCUGAGAAAUUCUCAAUUGGUAUUGUUAUUGUUAUUCUAACGGUGAUAAUUAUUUUCCUCGUUGGCGCCAUAUUUUGCAUUGUAACGCGUACGAAGCGUGCGCGCGGCAGCAAUGUCCUGGACGCAUUCCAAUAUAGCUUCAAUCCGAAUACGCUGGGUGGCAAUGUGGAUAAACAUCGACCCAAUGGCAGUGGCAUUAAGGCCAACGUCGACGAUAGUGAUUCCAUUGGCAAGAAUAGUCUCUAUCACGAGCCAUUCAAUGUGAAUAUGUACACCAGCGGCGUCAACGGAUAUGCGGCCGUAAAUGAUUUACAAUGUAACAUGACACCAGACUAUACAGAUGUACCCGAAGGCGGUUACGCCGUGCCACACAUGCAGGAUUAUAUGCCCGCCACAAAGAUGUCCAUGUCCGGCGGCGGUGUCGUUGGUGGUUAUGUGAAUGUACGUCGCACCCCACCGCCGCCACUGAGCGCUAUUUUUCCCAGGCCACCUUCGGUGCCGCCUCCACCAAUGGAGAAGUAUUAUGCCACCACAGCGAUAUUCAAGCCAAUCAAAGGCCCAUCGGGCGGCAGCAACUGUGGCACUGUGGGUAGCAAUAGCGGCGGUGGUGGCAGCAGCAGUACCCACAAAUCCGGCAGUAGUGUUGGCAAAUGUGGCAGCAACAGUGGCAUUAGCAGCAGCAGUGAGCAUAACAACUACGAUGACGGUAUGGGCACCAUGAAUUCACAAUCAACGGCGCCGAUGUUGAAUGCCUACAGCGGCGGAGGUAACAGUGGAGGAGGUGGUGGCGGCGUUGGUGUUGGCAUCGACUCAAUGCAAUUUCAACGCGCCAGAACCUACAACUUCCGCAGCUAUCCUGACAAUCUUUAG